UGCCCCCGUUGGAGAGAUGGUUGAGUCCUCGUCAAGGUUGCUGUGGUAUCCCAGAAACACCAUUCACUCUGAGCUGUGACCGCGCACCAUCAACAGCAACAACUCCGCUGCGCCUGGCCAAGGAAUAGGAAUUAGGAGCUCGCAAGAAUAAUAUGAAAGGGAUCUGCAAAGGGGAAAUCCGUGCAAAGGAACCGAAAUUAGCAGACUUUUGGGAAAGGGGAUGUACUAAAUGUGGCCGGCUGGACUUCAUCCUGGUGAAGAAAAUGGAGAUUAAAAGUGGAUUUACAUUUUGGAACCUCGUCUUUUUAUUGAUGAUUUCGUGUGUGAAAGGAUUUAUUUAUACCUGUGGUGGAACUUUAAAAGGACUUAAUGGCACUAUAGAAAGCCCUGGCUUCCCAUAUGGAUAUCCAAAUGGUGCAAACUGUACCUGGGUUAUAAUAGCAGAAGAAAGGAACAGAAUACAGAUUGUCUUUCAAUCCUUUGCUCUAGAAGAGGAAUAUGAUUAUUUAUCAUUAUACGAUGGGCAUCCUCAUCCUGCUAACUUUAGGACAAGGUUAACUGGAUUUCAUCUUCCACCACCUGUGACAAGUACAAAGUCUGUAUUUUCAUUGCGUUUGACAAGUGACUUUGCAGUCAGUGCUCACGGGUUUAAAGUUUACUAUGAAGAAUUACAGAGUAGUUCUUGUGGCAAUCCUGGAGUUCCACCAAAGGGUAUCUUGUAUGGCACAAGAUUUGAUGUUGGUGACAAAAUUCGAUACAGCUGUGUGACUGGAUACAUUUUGGAUGGUCACCCGCAGCUUACUUGUAUAGCUAACUCUGUGAAUACAGCAUCGUGGGACUUCCCAGUUCCUAUUUGUAGAGCUGAGGAUGCUUAUGGAGGAACUAUGAGAGGAUCCAGUGGUAUCAUCUCCAGUCCCAAUUUUCCUAAUGAAUAUCAUAACAAUGCAGAUUGCACAUGGACAAUUGUGGCAGAACCUGGCGAUACUAUCUCACUCAUAUUUACAGAUUUUCAAAUGGAAGAAAAAUAUGAUUACUUGGAAGUAGAAGGUUCUGAACCACCUACAAUAUGGCUCUCUGGAAUGAAUAUACCUCCUCCAGUUAUCAGCAACAAAAACUGGCUCAGACUGCAUUUUGUAACAGACAGCAAUCACCGAUACCGUGGAUUUAGUGCUCACUACCAAGUGAAAAAGGCCAUAGAUUUUAAAUCUAGAGGAUUUAAAUUGUUUCCAGGGAAAGACAACAGCAACAAGUUUUCUAUCUUAAAUGAGGGAGGUAUUAAACAGGCAUCCAAUUUGUGUCCAGAUCCUGGAGAACCAGAAAAUGGAAAACGGAUAGGCUCAGAUUUUAGCUUGGGAGCAACAGUACAGUUUUCCUGUGAUGAAGAUUAUGUGCUACAAGGUUCAAAAAGUAUCACCUGUCAAAGGAUAGCUGAAGUUUUUGCUGCAUGGAGUGAUCAUAGACCUGUGUGUAAAGUCAAGACUUGUGGAUCCAGUCUUCAGGGACCUGGAGGCACUUUCACAUCACCUAAUUUUCCAUUCCAGUACGACAGCAAUGCUCAGUGUGUGUGGGUCAUCACAGCCAUUAAUACUAAUAAGGUUAUCCAGAUAAAUUUUGAAGAAUUUGAUCUGGAGAUUGGCUAUGACACAUUGACAAUUGGUGACGGAGGGGAAGUGGGUGACCCUAAAACUGUGCUUCAAGUGUUAACUGGGAGCUUUGUACCAGAUUUAAUUGUGAGCAUGAGCAAUCAGAUGUGGUUGCAUCUUCAAACAGAUGAAAGCGUGGGUUCAAUUGGUUUCAAGGUUAACUACAAAG